AGAUGAUAAGGGUCAAAGACGACUUCUUUUGGCUAACUUACGACACGUGACCAACAAGAUAGGUCUAGACUUCUGAAGAACUGCCACGUCUUGGCAAGGUGGCAGGUUUUAAGACCAUGGCUUGAGGGCAUAAAUAAGUUUUGUGGACAAAAGGGGAAAAUGAGUUAAGAAGGAUCGGUAUCAUCAACGAUGUCGGGAGCACAAGGAGCAGAGCCGAUGGAUUCAAGAACGGCGACAACGUACGAGUCAGUGGAAGGAGGACAGAACAAGACGAAGCUUGAUAUAAGGUCAAAGGAAGACGAAGGUGGGAUUCAAGUUGACAAGCUUCAAGACAAGGUCUCUGAUGCUGCUGGUCUUGGCGGACCUGUCUUUGGUGCUGGUAAAGACGACAAGAAGCAGGAUCUUGGUGUUACCGGUACCGGCUAGGUCUCUGUAAAAUAUGUUCAGAUACGGUCCUGUCAUAGUCAUGUAAUAUUAAAAACAUGUUUUGAGUAGAAAACUAAUCAAUAAAAGUCUUUUAUGAGAAAACAAUGAAACCUAACAUUCAGACUCUUUA